AAUAUGCAGCUUCCAAUUUUCAUCCAACAUUCCAUUUUUCAAAACAAGGCAGGAAUCCAGGCUUUGUCGUUCACCUUUUCAGUUUCUUUUACUUCAAGUCAUUGCUUCAGUUGACGAAGCAUAUCAAACUGCAAGGAUAGGAAUAUUGGAUCCGAUUCUCUUGAUAAUUUUUGUUGUUAUAAAUUUUAUAUUAGUAUUCCAUUAAGAGGAGAAAUCGAUUUAUAUUUAUGCAUAACAGCAGUUAGUAUUAGGUAGUUGUUCUAGGUUCUUGAUUUUAGAACUGGUUUUCUGUUUUGAAUCUAUCAUUAAGUCAAUUUUGUACCAACUUACGUUUAUUCCUCUUGAUUCUAGAUUAUGUGAAAAUGGGUAUGUAUGUUCAGUGCAUAUACAAAUUUCAGGAGAGAUGUUUAUUUUAAAAGUUUGCGUUUUCUAUAACCUGUGAAUCAAUCUAUGCUUUGGCGUGUACACAAGAACCUGAAGAACAAACUCAACAAAGCCACGCCUCAUAUUAACACAAUAAACUCUAUUUUUCUUUCAGCUUGAAAUCCAAGUAACUCUAAUAUUUUGUGAUUUUGAAUCCUAAAAGAACUUGUACUUUUUUCUCUUCUCUCGUGACAAGCUUUGUAUUCGACACUAUAUGAGAAUGAAUGUGGCUUUUUCCCAUCUCUCAUGGUGGUUGUGGAAUGGGAAAUAUCAUAAGCCAAGAAUCUCAAAUGGGUCUACCAUAAAUUCUUCUGCUGAUUCUGUUAUGUGGGAAUUGGAUGGUUUGAGAUUUCCUCUUGUUAUGCAGGCAAACGUGCCUUCCUCUUCAAAGAAGGUGAAGCACAAGGGGCAUAGCAAGGAAGAAAUAGAUAGGGAACAUGAUGUUGUUAUAGUUUCAUCUGAUGGUGGAUGUGUUUCUGGCUCUGAAUCUGAUGGUUCUGAUUGGUCUAUUGGCUGGUUGGAGCCUCAUGGAACUGGGUUUUCAAGUGACGAUGAUGUUGAAGCUCGUGAAACGGAUAACAGUUUCGCUGUGCUUGUUCCCUGUUAUGGAAGCAACUAUAUUGCCAUGGUUGAGGAGGAUACUAAAAGCAACUUAUUGACCCACUUUGGAUACUUUCCAAAUAGUUAUUCUGAUGAGAGCAAGAAAUAUGUAGAAAAUUGGAUCUCUUCUCAUCGACGACAUACCUGAUUAGCAAUUAGUGAUGUUUCUGCAGUAUAGAACAGCCUCAAUAGUUAUAAGGAGAAGGUGUGGUCAAUAAUAAGGUAGUUAUGAUGCUUUAGCACUGUUUGAGAUUGAGAAUGAUCGAUGUGCAGCUGUUAUUCCACUCUCAACUGUUGAAAAUUAAUCAAAACAUUGGAAAGAGAAGAAAAUGAUAUGGAUGAAUGCAUCUUGAAUGGACCGAGCUUUCAAUUCUUUGUUGUAAAUAUUUAUGUACAUGUGAAAUUGGUUGUAUCAUGUAUGUUAAACCUUACUCAGAUUUAAGUAUCAAUUAAAAGUAAGAUAUGUAUAACGUGGUUGCAUUCAACUUCUUUUUAGAAGUAGGGUUAAAUAUUUUU